AUUCCCCUACAGAGGUUACGCUAAUUAAGUGACACGGACGAAUGCUCCCCAAAAAGUUCAUAUAUAAAGACUUAUUGAUUCUUACAGAUAACUAUUUGGAAUAAAUGAUACAAACUAUUUACAUUAACUAAAACUAGUUUGAAAAUAUGAGAGGAAGUUAUACUGUUUAUACAAUUGGACAGGAUGAUUCUAAUGAUAACAACAAUGAUUCAAAUGCUGCUAAAUUAAACAAAGACUUAAAGGAGUUUAAGCAUUUGGAUACAGGGUGGUCUUAUAUGUUACUAUUUGCCAGUUUUGGAACCUGCUGCUUAAUUGGAGCUAAUAAUUACGGAACAGGGAUCAUCCACAAAAUACUGCUGGAAAGAUACAAUGAAAGUGUAGUUUUAACAUCGUGGUCUGGAUCGCUACAGUUAGCCUUGAUGUGUCUGUCAGCUCCCCUGUCAAGUGCAGUAAUAGACAAGUAUAGCUGUCGGAUGUCUGUGAUUUUGUCAGGUAUUCUGUUUGUCUGUGGAUAUUGGGCAACUACGUUCGCACCAAACAUGAAAGUAGCAAUACUUACGUGUGGAGUAUCUGCAGGGAUUGCUGCAGGGUUGGGUUAUACCGCAAGUAUAGUUGCCAUCGGAUUCAACUUUAGAAAGAGAAAACAUAUUGCAUUAGGAAUAACCUUGUCCGGAAUGGGCGCUGGAAUCUUUGCGUUUGCUCCCCUUAUGGAUUUGGCACAUUCACACUAUGGACCAACUGGCUUUUUCAUUGUCAUGGCAACAAUAUCAGCAAAUGUUAUUACUUUCGGCACUCUCUAUUUUCCUAGUUCACUAGAAAUAUAUACACAUAAACAGCGUGACAUAGACUCUGAAUCGGCAAAUAAAGAUAAACAACUUGUCGGAAUUUUAAAAAUGUAUUCCCAGUCGGUUGUUAAGAAACCUAUAGUUCUACUAUCUAUAGCUAUGUUUGCCUUUUGUGGUGGCACAGACUUGAUAUUUCUAAAUUUACCGACUUUUGUAGUAUCUAAAGGGUUUACAUCCAUUCAAGCAGCAUUAUUUGUAUCUUUAAAUGGAAUAUUGUCUGUUGUUGGACGUUUCAUUACAGGCCUUCUGGCAAGUUUUAAGAAAGUCAAUGUAAUUUGGUUGUAUUCUGGCUGUUUAAGCAUAGUUGCCGUAGCCACAGUGAUAUAUCCGUUCAUUGCGAACUACUUUAUAGGUCAUAUUUUGUUUAAUUUAAUUUUAGGAAUUUUCUUUGGCAGUGGUUAUGUGCUAGUUUCUCCUAUGUGUUCAUAUUUUGUUGACAUUCAAUUUUCAUCAGCGGCUAUUGGUUUUGUGUUAUUCUUCGGAGGAGCUGGCUCCCUUGUUGGACCAAUGUUUGCAGGCGUUUUACUUGACAACAGUGGUACUUACGACCAAUGCCUUUACUCUGCAGGAUGUUUGGUUUUUACGGCAUCUGUUUUGGGCAUAUUUACAUCAUGUUACCGGCGAAAAGAAAGACAAACUUUCAACGAAGCUGACUCUGUAUGCCUCAGCUACUGUCCCAAAUAAGUUUAAUAAACAAAUAAUGAUGUAUAUGUUUUCUUUAUUUUACAUGUAGAUACUAGUAUUUAACUAACAGAAAUUGCACAUGAAAGCAUAAA